CACACUCUCUCUCUCUCUCUGUCGCUGUCUCUCAUUCAGACUGGUGAGCAGGGAGCAUGGUUCCUCCAGGGUGGAUUUUGGUAGCUGUCUUGCAUUCUCUUGUUUCAGGUACAGUAGGUGUUCUUUGAAACUUGACUGACUAGGUUUUUUAAUGCAUUUUAUGCAUUUUUAUUCUGCAUUUUUAUUCGGAUUAACUGAUUGUCCCCACAGCAAAUGUAUAUAUGGUGAAAUGUGUUAUUACUGUACAGAAUUGUACUCCAUUUUGCAUAUGGAUAGGCUGACAUAUUAAUAUUUUGUUAUUUCUAGUUCUAGGCCCAGUUGGUUCUGUUUCAACCUCUGAUACCCAUCAAAGUAAGUCAAGUACCUUCCUCUAAAUUACAUAUACAUAGAGGGCCAGUUUCCCAGACACAGAUUAAGCCUAGGCACGGACUAAAAAGCUCUUUCAUUGGAGAAUCUCCACUGACAAUUAUUUUUUGUCUUGGACCAGACUUAAUCUGUGUCUGGUCCAGGCAACUCUGCCACUUUUCAACCUCAUAUUCAUUAUCUCCAGCACCAAACCAGUGUCUACAUAUGUGAAGACGGAAAGUUUCUAUGAUCUGUGGUUAAAAAGAUAGUGUAAGAAGAAAGGUCCUAAAAAUGCUUCAAAGGGUAGGAUUACAAGUAAGAAAAACAGUGAUUUUUAAAACCUGCUGUAUUUUCUUGCUUCCUACGUCAUCGUGAAUCUCAUAGUGUUUGAAAAUCACUGUUUUUAAAACUUUAGAUUGCUCAUAUGUUUACAUAUAUUUAAAUAUAUGUACAUAAAUAUAUGGACAUAUUACAAAAUUUGUUUUUCUGCUGAUAUAUUUCAAUACAUGGUGUGGAAAUACAUUUUGACAGCAUGCUGUGGUAGCUAGUAAAAUAUAUUCCAAAAUAUAUUUCAUAAAUAUACAGUACCAGUCAAAGGGACACACCUACUCAUUCAAGGGUUUUUCUUUAUUUUUACUCUUUUCUACAUUGUAGAAAGAGUAAAAGACAUCAAAACCGUGAAAUAACACAUAUGGAAUCAUGUAGUAACCAAAAAAGUGUUAAACAAAUAUAUUUGAUAUUUUAGAUUCUUCAAAGUAGUCACCCUUUGCCUUGAUGACAGCUUUGCACAAUCUUGACAUUCUCUCAACCAGCUUCACCUGGAAUGCUUUUCCAAAUCAAAUCAAAUGUUAUUUGUCACAUACAAGUGUUUAGCAGAUGUUAUAGCGGGGUGUAGCGAAAUGCUUGUGCUUCUAGCUCCGACAGUGCAGUAAUAUCUAACAAGUAAUAUCUAACAAUUUCAAAACAUAUACCCAAUACACACAAAACUAGUAAGGAAUGGAAUUUAAGAAUAUAUACAUAUAUGAACAAGCAAUGACAGAGCGGCAUGGACUAAGAUACAGUAGAAUAUUAUAGAAUAGAAUACAGUAUAUACAUAUGAGAUGAGUAGUGCAAGAUAUGUAAACAUUAUUAAAGUGACUAGUGUUCCAUUUCUUAGUGGCCAGUGAUUUCAAUAGGCAGCAGCAGCCUCUAAUGUGCUAGUGAUGGCUAUUUAACAGUCUGAUGGCCUUGAGAUAGAAGCUUUUUUUCGUUGUCUCUGUCCCAGCUUUGAUGCACCUGUACUGACCUCGCCUUCUGGAUGAUAGUGGGGUGAACAGGCAGUGGCUCGGGUGGUUGAUGUCCUUGAUUAUAUUUUUGGCCUUCCUGUGACAUCGGGUGCUGUAGGUGUCUUGGAGGGCGGGUAGUUUGCCCCCUGUAAUGCGUUCGGCAGACCGCACCACCCUCUGGAGAGCCCUGCGGUUGUGGCCGGUGCAGUUGCUGUACCAGGCGGUGAUACAGCCCGACAGGAUGCUCUCAAUUGUGCAUCUGUAAAAGUUUGUGAGGGUUUUAGGUGCCAAGCCAAAUUUCUUCAGCCUCCUUGUCAUGAUCGUCUAAGGAGGGAGAGGACCAAGGCGCAGCGUUGAAAGCAAACAUAUUUAUUUUAUCAAGAUCACACGAUCAAAACAACGAAACGUGACGUCCUUGGUUACAAAAACAAACCAACACGGAACAAGAAACCACAACACAAAGUGAAAAGACCGAUAGUUAAAUAUGGCUCCCAAUCAGAGACAACCAGCUGUCACUCGUUGCCUCUGAUUGGGAGUCACUCAGCCCAACAUAGAAAAUCAAACAUAGAAUACACACCCUGGCUCAACAUAACAUUGUCCCCAGAGCCAGGGCGUGACAGUACCCCCCCUAAAGGCACGGACUCCGACCGCGCCAACUAAAUCCCACAGGGGAGGGACCGGGUGGGCACUCCGCCUUGGCAGCGGAUCCGGCUCCGGGUCUGAUCCCCACUCCCUCUCCAACCCCCCAAAGUACCCCUGGUCCGGUCUGGCCCCGCUGGCCGGAGCCGGACUGACGAUACGCACCCCUGGCUUGGUGCGUGGAGCAGGAAUGGACCGGACUGGGCUGGCGACGCGCACCCCAGACUUGGUGCGGAGAGCAGGAACGGGCCGGACAGGGCUGACGAAACGCACCACAGACUUGGUGCGGAGAGCAGGCACGGGCCGUGCCGGACUGAUGACGCACACCACUGGCUUGGUGCGGGGAGCUUGGAUGGGCCGGACUGGGCUGGCGACGCACCCCGUAGGCUUGGUGCGUGGAGCAGGGACUGGCCGGGCUGGGCUGGCGACGCACACCGUAGGCUUGGUGCGGAGAGCAGGAACGGGCCGGACAGGGCUGACGAAACGCACCACAGACUUGGUGCGGAGAGCAGGCACGGGCCGUGCCGGACUGAUGACGCACACCACUGGCUUGGUGCGGGGAGCUUGGAUGGGCCGGACUGGGCUGGCGACGCACCCCGUAGGCUUGGUGCGUGGAGCAGGGACUGGCCGGACUGGGCUGGCGACGCACCCCGUAGGCUUGGUGCGUGGAGCAGGGACUGGCCGGGCUGGCGACGCGCACCGUACACUUGGUGCGAGGGGCUGGAACAGGCCGGACCGUACUGGGGACACACACCACUGGCUCUACCUCGGGAUCUGGAACGGGCCGGACCGGACUGGUAACACACCCCAGUACCUCUCGCCGUGCCUCUACAUCCUCCAUCCCCUCUUCGACCAGUGGCCCCCGUAACCUGGCGGCCUCCUCUGGCAACCCGCUGGGCCGCUCUAUCGCGGCCUCCUGCUGGUCCGACGUCGUGAGCCCCCCCCUAAAAAUUUUCUGGGGGUCUCUCCUCCCCGUGGGCCAGGCCUCCAUCGUUCUCGCCAGACUCUCACCCCACUGCUCCAAAGUCCAACCUCUCUCCUCUUCUCUUGGCUUGGCCCAGUCGAGACUCCUACUCAACUGCUCCCAAGUCCAUCCUCUCUCUUCUUCACGCUGCUUGGUCCUGUUAUGGUGGUUUCUUCUGUCACGAUCGUCUAAGGAGGGAGAGGACCAAGGCGCAGCGUUGAAAGCAAACAUAUUUAUUUUAUCAAGAUCACACGAUCAAAACAACGAAACGUGACGUCCUUGGUUACAAAAACAAACCAACACGGAACAAGAAACCACAACACAAAGUGAAAAGACCGAUAGUUAAAUAUGGCUCCCAAUCAGAGACAACCAGCUGUCACUCGUUGCCUCUGAUUGGGAGUCACUCAGCCCAACAUAGAAAAUCAAACAUAGAAUACACACCCUGGCUCAACAUAACAUUGUCCCCAGAGCCAGGGCGUGACACUCCUGAGGUUGAAGAGGCUCUGUUGUGCCUUCUUCACCACACUGUCUGCGUGGGUGGACCAUUUCAGUUUGUCGGUGAUGUGUAUGCCAAGGAACUUGAAGCUUUCCACCUUCUCCACUGCGGUUCCGUCGAUGUGGAUAGGGGGGUUCUCCCUCUGCUGUUUCCUGAAGUCCACGAUCAUCUCCUUUGUUUUGUUGACGUUGAGUGAGAGGUUAUUUUCCUGGCACCACACUCCCAAAGCCCUCACCUCCUCCCUGUAGGCGGUCUCGUCAUUGUUGGAAAUCAAGCCUACUACUGUUGUGUCAUCAGCAAACUUGAUGAUUGAGUUGGAGGCGUGCUUGGCCACGCAGUCAUGGGUGAACAGGGAGUACAGGAGGGGGCUGAGCACACACCCUUGUGGGGCCCCAGUGUUGAAGAUUAGCGAAGUGGAGAUGUUGUUUCCUACCUUCACCACCUGGGGGCGGCCCGUCAGGAAGUCCAGGACCCAGUUGCACAGGGCGGGGUUCAGACCCAGGGCCUCGAGCUUAAUGAUGAGCUUGGAGGGUACUAUGGUGUUGAAUGAUGAGCUAAGACUAUGAACAGCAUUCGUACAUAUGUAUUCCUCUUGUCCAGAUGGGAUAGGGCAGUGUGCAGUGUGAUGGCGAUUGCAUUGUCUGUGGAUCUAUUGGGGCGGUAAACAAAUUGAAGUGGGUCUAGGGUGACAGGUAAGGUAGAGGUGAUAUGAUAUUUGACUAGUCUCUCAAAGCACUUCAUGAUGACAGAGGUGAGUGCUACGGGGCGAUAGUCAUUUAGUUCAGUUACCUUUGCUUUCUUGGGUACAGGAACAAUGGUGGCCAUCUUGAAGCAUGUGGGAACAGCAGACUGGGAAAGGGAGAGAUUGAAUAUGUCCGUAAACACACCAGCCAGCUGGUCUGCGCAUGCUCUGAGGACGCGGCUAGGGAUGCCAUCUGGCCCGGCAGCCUUGCGGGGGUUAACAUGCUUAAAUGUCUUUCUCAUGUCGGCCAUGGAGAAGGAGAGGCCACAGUCCUUGGUAGUGGGCCUCGUCGGUGGCACUGUGUUAUCCUCAAAGUGGGUGAAGAAGGUGUUUAGCUUGUCUGGAAGCGAGACGUCGGUGUCGGCGACGUGGCUGGUUUUCCUUUUGUAGUCCGUGAUUGUCUGUAGACCCUGCCACGUACGUCUUGUGUCUGAACCGUUGAAUUGCGACUCCACUUUGUCUCUAUACUGAUGUUUUGCCAGUUUAAUUGCCUUGCGGAGUGGGUAGCUACACUGUUUGUAUCCUGCCAUAUUCCCAGUCACCUUGCCAUGGUUAAAUGCGGUGGUUCGCGCUUUGAGUUUUGUGCGAAUGCUGCCAUCUAUCCACAGUUUCUGGUUAGGGUAGGUUUUAAUAGUCACAGUGGGCACAACAUCACCUAUACACUUCCUGAUAAACUCAGUCCCCGUUUCAGUGUAUUCGUCUAAAUUAUUUUCGCAAUCUACCUGGAACAUAUCCCAGUCCGCGUGAUCUAAACAAUCUUGAAGUGUGGAUUCCGAUUGGUCAGACCAGCGCUGAAUAGUCCUUAGCACGGAUACUUCCUGUUUGAGUUUCUGCCUGUAGGAAGGGAGGAGCAAAAUGGAGUCAUGGUCAGAUUUGUUGAAAGGAGGGCGGGGGAGGGCUUUAUAAACAUCCCGGAAGUUCGAAUAGCAAUGGUCGAGGAUUUUAGCAGCGCGAGUACAACAGUUGAUAUGUUGAUAGAACUUCGGCAGCCUAGUCCUCAAAUUUGCUUUGUUAAAAUCCCCGGCUACAAUAAAUGCAGCCUCAGGGUAUGUGGUUUCCAGUUUGCAUAAAGUCCAGUGAAGUUCUUUGAGGGCCGUCAUGGUAUCGGCUUGAGGGGAGAUAUACACGGCCGUGACUAUAACCGAAGAUAAUUCUCUUGGGAGAUAAUACCGUCUGCAUUUGAUUGUGAUGUAUUCUAGGUCGGGUGAACUACAAUUACACUAUGAGUUGUUAAUCACACACCUCCACCCUUCUACUUCCCGGAGAGAUAUUUAUUCCUGUCUGCGCGAUGAACUGAGAACCCAUCUGGCUGGACAGAUUUCGGCAGAAUAUCCCAAGAGAGCCAUGUUUCCGUGAAACAAAGUAUGUUACAGGCCUUGAUGUCUCUCUGGAAAUAAAUUAUUGCCCGGAGCUCAUCAACUUUGUUAACCAGAGACUGAACAUUAGCGAGUAGUAGACUUGGAAGCGGUGGGUGGUGUGCGCGCCUCCUAAGUCGAACCAGCAGGCCGCUCCGAGUGCCUCUCCUCCGCCGGCAAUGUUUUGGGUCAGCCGCUGGAAUCAGUUCAGUUGCCCUGGGAAGAGCAAAUAAAGGAUCUGCUUCGGGAAAGUCUUAUCCCUGGUUGUAAUGCUGGUGAGUUACCGCCGCUCUGAUAUCCAAUAGUUUUCCCCGGCUGUAUGUAAUGAUACAAAACACUUUCUGAGCUAAUAAUGUAAAAUAUUAUAUUCUGGAACGUUUCCUAAGAGCUAGUCGCGAGACCGCCAUCUUCGUCGGCGCCAGGUACUGCCCGUCGGCGCCAGGUACUGCCAACAGUCUUGAAGGAGUUCCCACAUAUGCUGAGCACUUGUUGGCUGCUUUUCCUUCACUCUGCGGUCCAACUCAUCCCAAACCAUCUCAGCUGGGUUGAGGUCAGGUGAUUGUGGAGGCCAGGACAUCUGAUGCAGCACUCCAACACUCUCCUUCUUGGUCAAAUAGCCCUUUCACAGCCUGGAGGUGUGUUGGGUCAUUGUCCUGUUGAAAAACAAAUGAUAGUCCCACUAAGCGCAAACCAGCUGGGAUGGCGUAUCGCUGCAGAAUGCUGUGGUAGCCAUGCUGGUUAAGUGUGCCUUGAAUUCUAAAUAAAUGACAGACAGUGUCACCAGCAAAGCACCCCCACACCAUCACACCUCCUCCUCCAUGCUUCAUGGUGGGAAUCACACUUGCGGAGAUCAUCCGUUCACCUACUCUGCGUCUCACAAAGACAUGGCGGUUGGAACCAGAAAUCUCUAAUUUGGACUCAUCAGACCAAAGGACAGAUUUUCACCAGUCUAAUGUCCAUUGUUUGUGUUUCUUGGCCCAAGCAAGUCUCUUCUUAUUAUUGGUGUCCUUUAGUAGUGGUUUCUUUGCAACAAUUCCACGAAGGCCUGAUUCACGCAGACAAGAUUAUUUAACAAUAGCUUUGGAAAUUAAAUUAUAUCUAAUGCAUACAUGACAUUAACUCUACUGAACUCUACUCAACUUUAAUGUUCAAGACAAUUCUUACCUUGGUCAGUCACACUGCACGUUGGUGGCACGCUAAAGACAGCGCUAGAUAGCCAGCUAGGUAGCUAGCUGUGUUAGCAAGCUCGACGAAAACUCUUGUUUGCAGUUGAAGAAAUUAUCUGCUUCCUCUAUCACCCACCAGGUAAUAACAUAUUUUAAUUCAAUGUUAUGAAUGUCCCACUAGACAGCACGUACCGAAGCCCAGCUGAGCACUGAGGUGGAGAUGGCUCUGUGCGUAACGCCCGCUCAAUGUCCGCGUCCACCGCCCACACCACCGGUGCCACAAUGCAGGAGGCCGGGAGUUUGGGGGUGUUAUCAAUGGGCCUCUCCUCUGUGUCGUACAGCCGUGACAGUGCGUCUGCCUCCACGCUCUUAGCGCCUGGUAUAUAGGACAUGUAGACCAACACACCGCGACCAAGCAUGUCCCGAAACACCUCGUUCACAAAGGACUGGAAGACUGAUGGAACAUUCAUCAACCCGUACGGCAUCACCAGGUAUUCACAAUGCCCCGUGGUGGUGCUAAAUGCUGUCUUCCAUUCGUCCUCUUCCCGGACACGCACCAGGUUGUACGCACUCCUGAGAUCUAAUUUCGUGAAGAAGCGCGCCCCAUGCAUUGAUUCGAUCACAGAGGAAAUGAGGGGUAGAGGAUAACUAUAGUGAAUUGUAAUUUUAUUAAGUGCACGGUAAUCAAUGCAAGGGCGCAGACCCCCGUCUUUCUUCUUCACGAAAAAGAAACUUGAGGAAUUGGGUGAAGUGGAGGGACGUAUGAACCCCUGACGCAGGGACUCGGAGACGUAUGUUUCCAUAGCCUCCGUUUCAGCCUGCGACAGGGGGUAUACAUGACUCCUGGGCGGUACAGCGUCUAACCGUAGGUUUAUCGCGCAAUCCCCCGAGCGAUGGGGUGGUAAUUUGUUCGCCUGCGUUUUGGAAAAGGCGUGCGCCAAAUCGAGGUAUUCGGGGGGAAUGCGGACGAUGGAGACAUUGUCUGGACUUUCCACCGUGGUCGAACCAACGGAAACAGCUAGACACCUACCCUGACACUUUUGCGACCACCCCGUGAGAGCACUCUGCGGCCAUGAAAAGGUGGGGUCGUGUAGUGCUAGCCAGGGAAGGCCCAACACAACAGGGAAAUCAAGGGACUCAAUAAUAUGAAACGUCAUUUGCUCAUUAUGGGUCUCCUGCAUAAUCAUAGUGACUGGUGCUGUAACCUCCCUAACAAAACCUGACCCUAAUGGUUGAUUGUCAAGUGCUUUGACGGGCAAUGGAAUAGACAGGGGAACCAAUGUAAUACGUAGACUAAGAGCCAUAAAGUUCCCAGCUGCACCUGAAUCUACCAACGCCUUACACUGGGGAACUACCGUUUAAUCAGGGAAGUUGAUGUGGAUGGUUAAAUGCACAGCAGAGGGCUCUGAACAAGUGUGGGUUUGUGCUACCUGGGGUGACGCGAGAGUGCCCUGUCUGUCGCCUCCAGAACCAGAAGAACUCUGACGACAUCGUCCAGGAGAAUGUCAUCUUAUGCCACAAGAGUGACACUGGAUCUGUCGUUCUCCGUUCUCCCGGAACGCUGCACCACCCAGCUCCAUCGGAACGUGAGCCGGGGUGAGGGGGGGUGAAAUGGGCAGGCCCCUUCCAGGAUGUCCUCUCGAAGCUAGCAGGUUGUCCAACCGGAUGGCCAUGUCCACCAGUUGGUCGAAGGUCAGAGUGGUAUCCCGGCAGGCUAGCUCCCUUCGGACGUCCACACGCAGGCUGUAUUGGAAAUGGUCGAUGAGGGACCGCUCGUUCCACCCGGACCCAGCCGGUAGGGUUCUAAACUCCAGGGCAAAGUCUUGCGCGGUCCUUGUCCUCUGCCUCAGAUGGAACAGACACUCGCCCCCCUCUCUUUCUUUGGGGGGAUGAUCAAAGACUGCACGGAAGAGGCGAGCGAACUCUCCGUAGUUGUCCAACACUUCUCCUCCUUCACUCCAGACCGCGUUGGCCCACUCCAGGGCUUCCCAAAGAGGCAGGAGACGAGGGCGGACACCUUCUCCCGAUCCGAUGGAGCAGGGCUGAUGGUGUUGAAGUAGAGGUCCAGCUGCAGGAGGAAACCCUGGCAGCGGGCGGCUGUCCCGUCGUAUUCCCUCGGUAGAGACAGGUGAAUACCCCUGGUUGCUGGUGUGUGGGUGGCUGGAUCCGGUCGCUCAGCUGGUUCCGCAGGGUCGGAUCCUCUCUUCUCCAGGCGCUGGACGGCCUGGAGAACCCCAUCCAUCACGUCGCCCAAGCUGGCUAACAUGGUGGAAUGCUCCCGGAUCUGCUCAAUGACUCCAGACAUAUUCCCCGCUCCUGCUGACUCCAUGCUGUUUGGGUAGGGCGGAGCCAGGCGCAGGAGGUGUGAAUCAUAGAAUAGGGUUUAUUAGCCAAUACAGUAGUCCGCAGCAAUGCGUAAACCAAAUACAGUGCGACUUAAAUACGUACUGGGAAAACAAAACACACGGGUGAAUAUCCCGGCGAUAAAAGUAACAUAAUGCUCAACACGAGCUAGCGACACCUCCACAUGGAACAAUAACACACAAAGACAUGGGGGAGCAGAGGGAAUAAUUAUACAGAGACUGAUGAGGGGAUAUGUACCAGGUGUGUGUGAAAAACAAGACAAAACAAAUGGAAUGAUGAAAAGAGGAGCGGCAGUGGCUAGAAGGCCGGUGACGAAGAACGCCGAAGCCUGCCCGAACAAGGAGAUGAGGCAGCUUCGGAGGGAGUCGUGACAAUUAUGGGGUAUUGUGUGUAGAUUGAUGAGGGGAAAAAAACAAUGUAAUCAAUUUUAGAAUAAGGCUGUAACGUAACAAAAUGUGGAAAAAGUCAAGGGUUCUAAAUACUUUCCGAAGGCACUGUAUGUACCUUUAUUUUAUUUAUUUAUAUAUUUGAUAAAUACAUUUUGACAAUAUAUUUAAAUAUAUUUAUAUUUUAUUGAAAUAUAUUCCAAUAUAUGAUUAACUUUUUAACGUAAUAAAAAUUUAUUUAUUUUUGUAGAAAUGCUACAUUUUCACAUAUGUAGACACUGGUUUAGUGCUGGAGAUAAUGAAUAUGAGGUUGAAAAGUGGUGGAGUUUCCCUUUAAAUUCCGUUUUUUUAUGUGGAUUUAUUACUGCAGCAGACUUCUGACUCUUCUCUGUUUGUUUCCAGAUGUGUGCAAGACCUUUGGCAGUGGAGUCGUCCAGACGUUCAACGGAACGGCAUUCUACGUCCGCUCCACCUGUCCGUUCACCCUGACACGUUUUACUCACAACCGGGUGGACUGUGACAUCACCGUGCAUCGAGGUAAAAAUGGCCUACUGGACUAUAUCGAGAUCAACGUCAACAAGAUCCAGACCCGGAUCCUGUACAAUGGAACCAUCUUCGUCGAGCAGAGAAUGUUUGUGCCUUUAUUUACUCUAUUCUAUUUGAUUAUAUUAUAGUUUUGUUCAAUUCUAUUUAAUUAUUUACUCAUCAAAAACAGAAUACACAUAAAGGGGUAGUUGCAGAGUUCCAGAUAUUUUUACUUUUCAUAUAAAAUCAUGCAUAACACAGUUUAGGAGUGGGUCUUCGAGAUCCAGAUAAAGCCAACUGUAAAGCUUGAUUUAAAAGUAUGUUCAGUGGAUAUACUGUAUGUAUCCUGUAUUGAAUGUGAUUUUUAAUCCAAUGCGCUUAAUCGUGGUCUGUGAAACUGGCAGUUACACUAUUACAUCAAAGCAAGUGAUUACAUUGAAUAGUGAAGUGUCUGUCCUUGCUUGUAACUGUAAUUAUUGGUAAUUACAUUUUAACUUACAUAAGCUCCUAGCUCUAGCGGAAAUAAUGGAUGGAUGAAUCUGGUUACCUUCAAAUGCACCAAGAUGAUAUUACUAUAGUCUCUUGCGUAAUGCAGUUACAUACAUCAUUAAUCUGAGAUCUCUAGCAUGACCAAGUUAUUAAUUAUAUAUUACACCAAAUAUUAGCUAAAGAGUGUCCUUCCCUUUUCUUCACACCGAGAAAAUAUACAGUCUAAAAUUAUCAUUAACCUUUUUGGCAUUGUAACAAUUUUCUUGUAAUGCCAUUUAAAAUGCCAAUCAGUUGUGCUAUAAAUCACUAACAAUCAUGAUUAAUCAAUGAUGGGGAAGAUGAUGAUGAUGACGAUUGACUAUGACGUGUUUGUGACAGGGUGUCCCUUCCCUACGAUCACACCUAUCAACACGUGUUCCAAUAUGGUAUCUACACCAAGCUGAGGAGCACUGUUCUACCUCUGUCUGUCAUCUGGAGCAGUGUGGGCGUGGGCAUCGACUCUCUCUGGGUGAGUGAUCCAUAAACGGCUUCAAAUACAUUGUUGUUACCUAUUAUUUGAUCUCUCAUGACAUCCUUAACAAAGUUGAUUAGGUUCCGGGUGCCGAGAUGACCUAUUAUUUCAUACAUGAUUGAUUGACUGGUCCCUGGUCUGUCCUCUAACAGGUGAAACUGGAGCAGGAGCUAGUCCGUGGAAUGACUGGACUCUGUGGACGACCAGAUAUACCAGGUCGAUUAUCUUAGAAACAUAUUUUUUGUACUUCUAAAUAUAUAUAUAAACACUGUAUAUCAAUUUGAUGCAUUUGUAUUGUACAUAUAGAUUGUCUAAUUAAUCUUACUUUGAAAUUGACCAUCGACUUGAUGCAUCACUAUUUGAGAGGUUCAAAAUGCAGUAUGGAGCCAAAUACAGUGAACAACCUCUUGAAUAUCAAUUGUCUGGACGCUAUCUACACUUCUUGCUGUUAGCUGUGCGCUAACUACACUUCUUGCUGUAAACUGCGCUCUAACUACACUUCAGUGUACUAACUACUCUAGAUUUUCCUGCAAAAUUAGAUGACCGUCAGCGAUUGAUUGCAGAGAGUGUUCUUUCAAAGGACGGGUGCCAGACCAUGGACUCCCUCCGCACUGAGAGCAUGGUACUUUUGCUUAAUUAUGGUCUACGUCCCAAAUGACACCCUAUUCCCUAUUCAGUGCACUUCUGUUUGACCACUAUUUGGGAAUAGGGUGCUAUUUGGGAUGUGGACUGCCAUUUCAAUCUGGUGGUAAGGUACUAGUAUCACUUCUUGGGAUCUCUGGUAUUGUGUGCUUGGCCUCAAGGUUAUGGCUGGUGAAUAACACUAGACUUCUGGUGAAUUGUAAUGAAUGGAUUUAAGACAUAGAACCCUGCAACUUUAUGGCAAGUCUUGAUGUUAACAGUUCUAUAUAGAAUAUGCCAUAUUGCUGUAACGUAGGUUAUAUUGUUUUGAAGUCUGCAGUAGUGUUUUACAGUAUGAUGUACAGUAUGAUGUACUGUAUGUAUUAUGUAUUAUUUAAUAGGUCUGCCAGAAGUUCUUCUCCAACUACAUUGAAUGUAUGAAGGCUGACACAGGCAAAUACAUAAAUCUUUGUAAAGAGAAUAUUUACGGAUAUGAAAAAGAGCAUUAUGUAGGAUGUGCGUUCUACAAAGAAAUUGCCCAUCAGUGUCAGACCAGCUACGCUUGGAGGACCUUGACACGCUGCCGUAAGUAGAUCAGUUCAGAAAAAAUCUAAGUUUAUAAAAGCUGUUAGUUUAUUAGAUAGUUUAUAAAUAUGUUAUGAACAGUUAUAACACAUUCUAUUGACUAUUAAUCUUGUUGAAGUAAUUUUGUUCUAAACAAAUUCUUAAAGACUUGUGUGUCUGUCUGUUGUAAUACAGCUGAGUUCAGUUGCCUAGGAGACCUGCACUUUGAGGAGCAGGGUGAUGCGUUUGUUUCCACCUGUUCCAACCCAGCACCUAGAACCAGUGAUCAGGACAUCACCAGCACCUGUGUCUGCCCCCAAGGUAGGGCUUACACUGUCAUCCGGAGAAACACUGUUUCAAGUGUAGGCUAAAGUGUAAAAGGUUUCUUUAAAAUAUUAAUUGUAACUGAUUCAUUGAACAGACAAUGUCUUAGCAACCAGAUAUGCACUGCUUUUAAGAUUACCGUCACAUAUUAUGCAACCUGCCGGGAGACAAUUUUGAACAUUAUCUUUAGUGUUACAAUCACAUAAGGUUGAUGAGGGUUUUAAAUGGCUAUGUUUCAGGUCAGGUACUGAACGAUCGAGCGGAGGGCCAUGACUGUGUAAGUGUGACAGCCUGCCCAUGUGUGUAUGCCGGGAGGAACUAUGCACCCAGGGAAGAACGCAGAACUAAAUGCCAGACCUGGUGAGAGAAUCAGAACUCAGGAGUCUCAAUGACAACAUAUUCCCUAUGUAGUGCACUACUUUGGACCAGAGCACUAUGUGGUUCUAGUCAAAAGUAUUGCACUAGACUAUAUGUUGAAAAGGAUGUCAUUUGUGAACUAGCCAGACUUCUCAUUGAAUUUGUCAACUUAUUGAUUUAGAUUCAGAAAUACCGUAACAUGAUACUCAUGUAUUUCUCUACAGUGUGUGUCACAAUGGCAAGUGGACAUGCUCUCAGAAUAGCUGCCCUAGAAGGUGUGUGAUUGAAGGGCAGUUUGUGACCACAUUCGAUGGAAAACAGUAUGCCCUUCCCGGUAAAUGCACAUACAUGGCUUCUAAGGUAAAUCAAUAGAUUUUCAUCUCACAGCACUAUGGUAAUUUUGAGUUAUUCUCAUACAGUACUUUCACCCAAAGUACUAACUUCUCUUAUUCUUUAUGAUUGAAAUAAAACAGGGUUUUAAUUGGACGAUAUCCAUUCAGUUUUCUGAAAAGACGUCCUCUAUCCAAAAAGUGGUUCUUCAGAUUUACCAGGUACUCUAAGUCUGCUUGUAACUUUAGCUUCCCCUUUACAUUCAAAGUCUAUGUUUAUGAUAAUCAACAACAUCUAAAACACUUUUUUGUUUAUCAAUGACAGAAUACCUACACAUUCUCUCACAAAAGUGUACAGUUUGAGAAAGAGGAAAUCCGAGACCUACAUCAGUCAGACAAUGCCAUGGUGUUCUGGCAGUCAUCCAUGUAUGUCCAGGUACUGACAUCCUUUGGCAUGAAGAUCCAAGUGCAGACGUCUCCAGACCUCCAGCUUUAUAUCAGUCUACCACAGAGUGAAGUUGGGAUGCCAGAAGGUACUUUGCUUUCAUCAUUAUAAUGGUUUUGCAUCAUAUAUUAUAAUUAUAUAUGAUCAUUAUAAUUAUAUGUUAUCAUUAGCAUAUCAGAGUUUAAGUCACAUUGACUGAAUCCUGUGAAUAUUAAAGAAACAAACAAAUUAUGUAUAGGUUAUUACUGUGUAAUUACCAUUUUGUCAUGUAUCUGGUUAUUUCUGUACUGUAAAAUAAAGUGGUAACGUUUUUUUGUCUACAAACUAUCCUUUUGCAAGGACUUUGUGGAAACUACAAUGCCGAUACCACUGAUGAUUUCAACACAAGCAGUGGUAUCGUAGAAAAUGCAGCGGAACCGUUUGCCCUGUCCUGGAGUGUAGGGGACUGUCCUGUUAACAUACCUAAAGUCUGCAUCAACACCGACAACGGUAAAGUCCCUCUGACUUAUCAUGACUUAAAAAAGAGGUUCUCACAUACAUUCAGUUGGUUUUCUAUGAAGGAAAUGAAUCAGUUUGUUUUAAUAACUACAUGAAAAUAAUACAUAUAGUGACAGAAUUACUUUUACAUAGCAUUAUUGUUCUUUUCUGUUGGAUACAUUACAUAGUCUAUAUGACUUUAAGAAUGAGGGGAAUGUGAAUGCGUCUUGCAAUACGACAUAGAAAUGCAAAAAUCCUAAUUUUGUUUUUGUGUUUCUUAAUCUAACAUGUGGACGAUUACCUCUCAGAAAUAUUUGCGGAUGAGAACUGCCACCCCUUGAGAGACCCCAGCGGGAUUUUCGCCAAGUGCCACGAUCACGUGUCCACUGACAACUACCACAAGGCAAGGAUUUACUAGUACCCACACUUCUUGUGAGAACUUUUUAUACAUUGAUUAAGGUCAAACAAAAAUAUAUAUUUUAAUUGGUAUUUACCUUGUAUUUAACUAGGAAAUGAUGAUGUAACAAUGUUUUGUAACAAUUUGUCACUUGAUGUUUGCAGGCUUGUAUCCAAAGAACAUGUAACUGUGGGACUGGGCUGCAGCAGUGUUUGUGUGUGGCCCUGGCAAACUAUGCCAAAGCCUGUGCCAACCAGGGCAUCACAGUGGGUGACUGGAGAAGGGCCACCAACUGCAGUGAGUAACACCCAUAGAAUCAGAAUAAUAGAAUGGACAUUAACCUUCUUAUGACGGUAUAAAAGGUCAGCCAUUUUGGUAAGGGAGUUGGUAAGUCAGUGGUCAGCCAUUGCUGUGAUAAGAUAUUGUGUAAAACAAUACAUUUGAAUAUUUUUUACACUGUAUGUUUGUUAGGUGGAAUGAUUCCAAUAAUUUUUCAAAUUAACGGCCAACAUUCCAUACGAACAAUGCGGUCAAUCCAUAGCCAUACACUGGCUGAAAUCAGUUUGUGAUAGGACUUAGACAAGUAAAUGCAAACAAGUACUGAUAUUGUAUCAUAUAAUAACACUCACAGCUUUCCAAGAAAACAAACAUUGAGACAUUUAUGGUCUGUUUACAUAUAUUUUAGAGGCUUUUUAUAUAUGAAAAUUGGUAUAAAACCUGUGUAAACUGUAUUUAGAUGACAAUAUUUUAUGUUGAUAAUAAUUAUAUUACACAAUUUCUGAUUUAUCACAUUACUUUUAUUUUCCUGCAUAAGUAAAAGCAGGAAAUGCAUCAACUAUGCCUCUACUGCCAUUCAUUCCAAUUAGACUGGUUUGGAUUUCUCCCUGACCACAAUGACUGCCAUUUUCAUACCAUUCUGGAACUUUGAGAGUUUAUUACAUAGGUAAGGGUGACUAGGGUGAGCAGGUUAUUAGCGAUUAGAGUCACCCUGUUAAUGUUUAUUAACAUUAAUGUCAUUUUGGAUUUCCAGCGGUAUCGUGUGAGAACAAUCAGAGGUUUGACUACGAAAUGCAGGCGUGCAACAGCACCUGUCUCUCCCUAUCUGGGCCAGACCCCAGGUGUUGGGUAGAGGAUGCACCUGUGGAGGGCUGUGGCUGUCUGGAGGGCACUCAUCUGAACGGGGGGCUCACCUGUACCCCGAAGGCCCAGUGUCCUUGUCACCAUCAGGGAGGAGUCACACCACCAGGACCUGUUGUCAUCGAUGGACGACAG